AUGCUAACUGGCGUGUUCACUCUCUGUACCGCAGAUGCGGCUCAACCGACGAAUGACGGGCAAGCGGCUGGUACCCCAUUCGAAGAUAAGGUCGGCUUCGGAGAAGCUUCUGAGAAUCCUCUCUUUCUCAAUAUCGUCGUGCCGCCAUCAUAUCCAUCAAGUACCCAAUUCCCGGUCAGGAUCUACAUUCAUGGAGGGUCAGUUAUCAGAUCGCGACGACUGACGAAAGUAUCCGGAUUUGAUUAUGCUCAAUUCAUCGCUGCAGAACGUUCAGAGGUUUGGGUCAACAUUGGCUAUAGACUUUCGGCGUUUGGUUUCCUAGCAUGCGAUGAACCCAAAAUUGAAGGCAAUUUCGGGUUCAAGGAUCAAUGGCUGGCGCUGCAGUGGGUAAAGGAGAAUAUCAACUCCUUCGGAGGAGAUGCAAACAAUAUACAAGUCACAGGACUCUCUGCAGGACGAAAAUGCACCCUUCCAUUCGGCCGUCUUGCAGUCGAAUGCCAUAGUGUCGGGUUUCUCUUUUCGUUCGAGGAGAUACACACGGCUCAUUUCUCUCAAUGUCUUAGGUCAAAUCCGAAAACACCUCAGGAGCUACGGUCGCAAUUUGAAGCAAUUUGUCGCGCUCUGGAUCUCGAUCCUACCUCCCCAGACGUUCUUGCCACCAUACAAGAUCCCUCCAAAGUCUCUUUCCGAUCUAUCACCAAAGUCAUAGAAACGGAAAAAUUGGGACUCUUAGGUACAUUCCGCGGAUGCCUGGACGGGAAGUGGAUGUCGAGCUCCCCAGAUCCCAUGACAUGGCAGCGCUCGGGAGGGCUCGCGCGGGGUCUCCUCGUUCACGGUGUACGCAGCGUCGUCAUCGGCGAUUUAUCCGAAGAGUGGUACCUAUAUUCCAUCGCCCACCCUAUUGAGGAGAAGAGCGAUAUCGUCACAAACCUGAACCGAUACUACUCACAGGACCUGACCGAGAAUAUGGUCAAACUCUACAAAGACCUUCCAGACAACGCUGGCGCUCAAGCAUUCGCCAGGCAGUUUGGGGAUAUCCUGAGCGACGGACAAGUGCACCUACCCGUGAGGCUACUGCAUCGAGACCUCCUGAGCGCUGGAUACCCAGUUCUACGAUAUGAAAUCAGGUGGACACCGGAGCAGAUACGACCGAAAGGGUUUGUCACACAUGCCACCGAUAGGGUGCUGUGGGCGUUCCGUGUGCCCGUGCUCCAAAGCUCGCAGGUCGAAGUUGCCAAGGCGUGGCUGAGGAUCAUAGCUGCAGAGUUACAGAAGCUGGAAACGGAAGGUAAAUCAAGUAGGGGUGUCAAAGAGAUCUUGACGCUAAGGGAGGACAAGACUAUCCAGUGGAUGGAGGAUGGACGGUGGGAUGGAGUCAUCAAAAAAGCGAAAGCAUUUCCUGGAGAAGCUCGUCCCUGA